GGAUCCUUCUGUUUCAAUGCGUCUCUUGUUUUCAUAGAUAAAUUUGAAUAAUCACUGACAUCAUGAAAUUGCGUUGUUCUUUUAUUAAGUAACUUUGCUCCCAUCAUUGAUCUGGCUUUUAUUGCUAUUUGACUAUUCUGCUGGCUUGUCUUCAUAUGUCUGUUUUCCCUCUCUUGGUCUUUUAGCAUUCCCUCCAUUGCCAGGGCAGUCUCCCCUUUACAGCUUCUGCUCGGUUUCCUCGGAUGGGGAUAAUGGAAACUCAUAAAAUAGCCCCAAGUAGCCUGCUACAAUUGUCUAUGGACGAUGUUCGAGAGUGGAUGUGGCCGACCUUGCUGGCUAUUUUUCUCUUCUCAUGUCUUGCUACCCGCAUCAUUACUGGCCUCAAAAGCUGGCCCGAUAAGAGGACAGAUGCAGGAAGUCCAAGAGCAGUAAGGCUGGUCCCCUACUGGCUCCCAUGGUUAGGACAUAGCAUUCCCUUUGGCUGGGAUCAUAUCAACUUCGUUCGAAGGGCGAGAGAUUACAUGCACGAAGCUGUAUUUGGGAUUGUUUUGGGUGGCUCGAAGCACGAUGUCGUAGUGUCACCGUCGCUCACUAAGGCCAUCUUGGCCUCCCGUGGCAUGUCAUCUACUGCAUUGGUCAAUUAUGCGUUGGAAAAGGUCGGGGGUGAUAAGGGCGCGAUUCGUAACCUCGGCGCCACUGACCACCAUAUCAUCCAUCACAAUAUCCCCAAUCUCUUAAUGCGAGAACCGUUUCUCACAGAGGCUUCCAAGGUCGCCAAGGACAUCACUGAACGCGAAACUCCUAAUCUAGUGACGUUCUGUCGUAGCAUGGUUGACCAGGCGCCGUGGGAGCGGAGGAGCGAAGCUGAAGUUAUCGAUGGGCAGGAGAAACCUGUGGCUGAAGUGAACCUUUUUGCUCUGGUGAGAAACUUCGUGGGCCACAUCAGCACAUCCGUCUCCAUGGGACAAGCGUUUCUUGAAGCCUUUCCUAAUCUACUUGAUGAUAUGUGGGACUUUGAUAACAGAUUCCCCGCCCUGUCGCUUGGUGCUCCCCGCUGGUUACCAUUGCCAGGUCUUUCGGCCACAUAUGCAGCGCGUGAUCGCAUCUUGGAUGCUCUUGCAGCUUACCACCAGGCAUUCGUCUCUUGGGAUGAAGGAAAUGACCCUGGUGUCAAGUUUCGCGAUCUUGACGAUGUAUCAGAGCCGAUGAAGCAACGAAUCCGGAAGUUUAAAGAACUUGGACUAUCGCCGAGGUCCAGCGCCCCUGGUCAUUUGUCUCUUUUCUGGGCCCUGAACGCCAACUCACCCAACGUUGUUUUCUGGCACAUUCUUCGCAUCUACUCCGACCCUGCUCUUCUGGAGGAAAUUCGAAAGGAGAUUGCUCCUUUUGCAAAGGUCCAUAGGCCCAGUCGCGAGGAGACAGGGCUCCCAUUCCAAGAACCCCCUAAGGUCUCCCUUGAUCCGGAUGAGUUGUUUCGAUCUUGCCCACUACUCAAAGCCAGCUUCUAUGAGACCAUGCGGUUAGAUUCAGCAGGACUUUCCUUUCGUGAAGUCACCUCUGACUUGACUGUUACUGAGUCCUCUGAAGAUGCUGCAGCUGCCGGUUCGGCCGAACCACGCACCUACCGAAUUGGGAAGGGAGAAAACAUAAUCAUGGCUCACGGGGUGGUCCAGAGAGACCCUCAACUCUUCUCUAACCCGGAGCAGUUCGAUCCGCUACGGUUUGUCGUCUCAGAUCCAGACACAGGCGCACAAAAGGCGGACAUGCACACCAUUUAUCCAUUCGGAGGCGGCGUUUCUGGUUGCAAGGGCCGCGCUCUCGCUGAAAGGACGAUUCUACUAUUCUCUGCUGCAAUCAUUUCAAUGUGGGACAUCGAACCGGCAAGUGGCAAAGAUUUCACGAUUCCAGGACACAGGCCUUCCAGCGGAGCGUAUUUGCCUAAGAAUGACAUUAGAGUACGCUUGAGAAUGCGCGUAUAAAAAUUGGAAAGCUACAACUUUGACGGCCCGGAUUACAUAUUAUUUGGAUAAUAUUUCUUUGGAUGUAGAUAUAGCCGCUUGCCACCAUGUUCGAAAGCUUGUCCAUGAAGUCCCCUUUUGAGUGAUCAUUGACCUGUAGCCUCGGUUUGAAUCGAUCUGAUUUCCGUCAUGAUAGCCAUACUCAGCAUGAACCCAU